CCAAUCCGCCAAAACCCUUCGACGAUUGUUUCGCCCGCCAUGACCACCGAUCUUGAAGAUGGAGGCUUCGACCUCUUCCAAGAACCUGCAGAUUACUACCCGCCUGAAAAGCAGCCCACUUUUGCUACUCACAAGAUGCUCGACGGCACCGAGCUGAAUAUCAGAUUGGUCGGCCACAACCCGCUGUGGGGCCACUUUCUCUGGAAUGCCGGCCGUACCAUCUCCCUCUACCUUGAAGAACAUGCCCACGACCUCGUCAAGAACAAAUCCAUCCUAGAACUCGGCGCCGGCGGCGGUCUGCCAAGUCUGGUGUGCGCCAUCAAAGGCGCCUCGAGAGUCGUUGUGACGGAUUAUCCAGACGCAGACCUCGUGGACAACUUGAGCUACAACAUCCAGCACUGCGACGCGCUGCCCAAUCGCGACACUGUUUCAUCCGAGGGUUACUUGUGGGGUGCCCCUACUGACACCUUGGCCCGACACAUCUCUGGAGAAAGUGGAUUCGACGUGCUGAUCCUAGCCGACCUGCUGUUCAACCACUCGGAACACGCAAAGUUGGUCAAAACCGUCCAGUCUACUCUGAAGAAGGUGCAGACCUCGCGAGCUUACGUCUUCUUUACCCCGUACCGUCCCUGGCUGCUCGAAAAGGAUCUUGCCUUUUUCGACCUAGCCCGAGAAGCUGGUUUCACCGUUACCAAGACGUUCGAGAAGGUCAUGGAUAAGGUCAUGUUCGAGGAGGACCCUGGUGAUGAAUUGCUCCGGAGAACAGUGUAUGGGUAUGAGCUCAGUUGGGAGGGGUGA